GGGGCGUAAUCACACAUUGUGCUUCCCUGGCUCGCCGGGUUUGGAGGGAUUACCGCGGCGGGGCUGGCGGGGGCAUCGAACCACACCGUCGGGCCGGGUCUUCCAAGCAUCAGCGGCGGGGUGGUGGUGGGUGAGCGAUGGCACGUGCGCCGACGACGACAACGGGCAACGGGCAACUUUACGCGUGAGGACAACGAGACGUGACGAAUCCCCGAGAUUUUCAUUAUGUCCGGAGCUCGUUGUGCGGCGGCAGCAGCGGAGAAAAGUUCACCGGGAGCCGGGCGACCCUUCCGCCAGCGGGGGGCCCGUUGAAAAGAAAAUGGCGGAGCGCACCGCUUGCGAUGCCAACACCCUCAGCAUCCCGGUGCCCAUUCGCCGCGGCGGCUCGGAGUCCAACCUGGACGUGGUGGACGGCGUCGGGGACGACGGCGUGGGCCUGGACUUCACCAAGGGAGCGCUCGGCAUCGACAGCCUGCAGCAGAAGAUCCUCAAGGUGACGGAGCAGAUCAAGGUGGAGCAGGCGGCGCGGGACCAGAACGUCGCCGAGUACCUGAAGCUGGUGAACAACGCCGACAAGCAGCAGGUGGGACGAAUCCGCCAGGUCUUCGAGAAGAAGAACCAGAAGUCGGCGCACGCCAUCGCCCGGCUGCAGAGGAAGCUGGAGCAGUACCACCGGCGGGCGAAGGACAGCGAGACCAACGGGAAGCACAACCUCAGGGAUGGCGGCGGCAAGGAGUCCGGCACCCACAGCAAAGAGGGCAGCCUGCGCGACGUCAGCGCCACCGGGCGCCAUCCGGCGCUGGACAAGGUGAAGACGGUCGGGCCCGGCGUGUCGCUCUCGCCGCCGUUCUUCUUCAACAAGUCCCGGGAGUUCGCCAACCUCAUCAGGAACAAGUUCGGCAGCGCCGACAACAUCGCCCACCUCAAGAGCUCCAUGGAGUCCGGCUCGGGGCUGCACGUGGACGGCGCGGCGCGGGGGCUGAGCGGCAGCGCCACCACGGUGGCCAAGGCGUCCAAGUACCAGAGCGACGACGAGUGCUCCACGGGGACGUCGGUGUCCGCGGACUCCAACGGGAACCCGGCCGGGGGCUCCGGGGCGGGAUCCGGAGGCCCCGGGAGGUCGGACUCCAGCGGGCGGCUGGGCGAGGUGCUGGACAUGGUGCGGGAGAUCAGGGAGGCUCAGGUGCAGCUGGCGGAGGACAUGGAGACCCUGAACACACAGUUCAAACGGGACAACGGCUACUUCACACAGAUGAUGCAGGAGGAGAGAUACAGGUAUGAGCGGUUGGAGGACCAGUUAAAUGACCUGACGGAGCUCCACCAGAACGAGACCGGUAACCUGAAGCAGGAGCUGGCCAGCAUCGAGGAGAAGGUGGCCUACCAGGCCUACGAGAGGGCCCGGGACAUACAGGAGGUGCUGGAGUCGUGUCAGACUCGCGUGUCGAAGCUGGAGCUCCAGCAGCAGCAGCAGCAGACGGUUCAGGUGGAGAACACCGACGCCAAGGUGCUGCUGGGGAAGUGCAUCAACAUCAUGCUGGCCAUCGUCACGGUGAUCCUGGUGUGCGUUUCCACGGCGGCCAAGUUCGCCGCCCCGCUGCUGCGCAGCCGCCUCCACCUGGCGCUCACCUGCGUGGGCGUGUCCGUGCUGGCGCUGCUGUGGAAGAACUGGGAACACUUGCAGUGCGCUUUGGAACGAUUGCUCCUCCCGCACUGAUGCCGGGAAUCAAACGACCGCCCCCAACACCCAACCCCCCCCCACAGAAAGGGUCCAGGUCUUUGGUGAGGCGUGUCAAGUUUACAUGUAGCCUUACACCUGCCCUGGUUUUGGGGGCUCCACGGUGGCUUUCUGCUUUGCAUGUCUAAAUGGGGUCCGCAGAAAGCCUCUUUUUUUUUUACCCAGAAUGCACCUCCACUGUAAUUCCAAAACACACAGAUGUAAAGCUGAUAUAAGUUAUAACUGAGAUUCACGACGCACUGAAGGUGCAAACGUAUAAAACGUCGAUGCAACGCCGACUUGAAAGUGUGUCACUGCGGUCCAAAGUGUCAACCUGCUCUCACCUGGUCUUCAGAGGGUUCUGGAUCAACAACAACAAGACACUAAAAUCUGAAUAGAGGAUUUCAUUGGUGCGUGGAAACACAGCGGUUAUUUCCUGUCCUUCUUUUUUUUUUUUAAAGGGAAGUGUAUCUGUUGAAGCGCCACCUCGCACCUCUAAACCAACUCUAAGCAGGUUGAUUUGUCCCGUAUUUAUGUCUUGUCUCAUUUUUAAAAAAAAGAUAUUUUUUAAGCAGCUGUUUUUAAACUGUGGAUGCGUUUUGUGUGUGUGUGUGCGUGUGUGUUCAUGUACUGUACAUCUGCUUGUCUGUGUGUGUGCGUUCAUGUACUGUACAUCUGCCUGUGUGUGUGUGUGUGUGUGUGUGUGUUUCGCACAAUGUUUGCUUUCUUGGAGAGUUUGGGGAAAGCGUUUACACUACUCGCGUCUAAAUAUGAAUCUAGAGCCGAGAGAUGGUUAGCUUAGCAUAAAGACUGGACACAAGGGGAAACGACUAGCCUGGCUCACUAAUUAAUUAACACAUUAACGUGUAAUCUGUUAAUUAACACGAUAAUUGGUAAGAGCCCACGUCUAAAUAUGAAUCUUUAGCCAGGAGAUGGUUAGCUUAGCAUAAAGACUGGACACAAGGGGAAACAACUAGCAUAUAUAACAAUAUAUAUAUAUAUAUUGUUAUAUAUUAUAGUUUAAAUACAACAAUUUGUGUUUUUACGUGCUUUCUGUCACCUGUUUUUACACAAAUCUUAUUCUCAUAUGCAGAUUUGUACCUUUCAGACAGAACCAGGCUAGCUGAUUCCCCCCGUUUCCAGUCUUUGAGCUAAGCUAAGCUACGCUAACCGUCCGCUGGUUCUACUCGGCUAACUCUGUAAGAAAGCUCAUAAGCAUAUUUCCCCAAAUGUCAAACUAUUCCUUUUGUUUAAAGGAAACCUUUUUAAACUGCCUCCUGUCUUGCUGAUUCGAUGCUUCGGGGCUCUCGUCAUGUGAAGUUUUAUGUUGUUUUUUUUUCGGGUAACGUGGGAGUCGACGUGCUUUUUCUCUCCAAAGAUUGCAGCUUUAGCGUCGACCGGCUAGCCUGUAAACUGAGAGGGAAGACGAGACGACUCAGAGAAGAAGCUCUCGCAUGUUUUGGCUUUUUGUUGAAUUGCCUUUUUCUUUUUUUUCUUUCUUUUAUGAGAUGGAACAAAAUAACUUUUGUGUAAAGCCUUUGAUGUUGCGCUGCGUUCAAGUCCUGUAGGAAUAACAGGAACGUCUCGACUCGAAAAUGAUUCCCACCCGACGAAACUUGUAUUUAACAGAAAUACAACCGCCCCGUUGAAUACUUCUACUGCAUUUCAACUACUAAUAAUUCCCUUCAGCCUUUUUCCGCACCAGACAGCUGAGAAGUGACUCAAUCGAGAUGAAACUAGCACACGAAAUCCCAUAAUAUUUGAAGAAGUUUUUUACUUCAAAUAAGUAUUUCCAGGUUUUUUGCAGUGAGAAUACUGAAAUGUCAGUUACCUAGAAAAGGUGGUAAUAUAUCAACCCCGUGGUGACUGUUUUUUCCCACGUGACCUGAAUGCAGCAUUAUGAAUUAGACACAUUGUAGCUCCGCCCUCUCUAACCCUGGAUCACUGAUGAUGACGAGGGGGUGAAAAGCAGCGUAUUUUCUUCUUUGUAUUCUGUUUUGCGUCCCUUCAAAAGCCAAAUAUGGACAGACUCCUUUCUAAAUAACACUGAUUUUAUUUAAUUAAUUUUUUUCUUACCAUUGGUGGGUUUUUAAAAAAUAUAUAUAUUAUUUCCAAAUUGGCUCAAAAUCUUUGUAUCUCCCUCUCCAAAGCUGUGAGUCCACGAUGUAUAUUUUCAUAUUCUCGUAUCUCUUCUGUGUGCAUUAGUUUCUGGUUAUGGGAGUUUCCAUAACAUUCUCUUAUUUUCAAAAUGAGAAAAUAAAUCAGAUUUUGUUUUUAAA